AUGGGAUCGGCAGACGACAAACCAGCCGUACCAGGCGCCACUCUGAACGUCGCGGCUCCGCGCAGCAGCAACGAUAGCCUGCAGGACGAGCAAGUCCCAAGCUACCAGGCCGUUGCCGACCAGCCACAAGAACCCCCAGCGCCUUUGCCGGAAAUCAUUCUCGAUGAGGACGCCAUCUUGUUGCAAAGCAAAGACACAAAUAAUAUGAAUUAUGGCUUUGACGUUACCGAGAGUCGAUGCCUUGCGCAUCUCAAACUGCUCCAUGCCAUCCAUACAAUGAAGGAGGAUGUUGGCUACUCGGACGGGCUGUGGGGAAUCUGGGACAGCCUUGUGACUGAUAGCAAGGGGUCUUUCCUGGAUUCCAGCGGCGUCUUUUCUGACAACGAAAAGGCCAAGAUGACUGACGAUGAAGAGAGGAAGCUGAUGCUGAGCAAGCUGCGCGAAAAGAGGUGGGCCAUUUUUGUCGCACGAGCUGUUGAUCGCUAUGAGGCCUGGUGGAAUGCUCAGGAGAUCAUGAUGCUCACAGAAGAGGAUAUGACUGUUAAAGACGGCGACAACUACAUGCGGUUCCCGAGCACAAACCGUAAAUUUAACUGGCAAGCGUCCACGAUGCCUCCUCUUGACGUUCUCAUGGUCAUGCACACACACAUGCUGAACCCUCGCGCGUUCCUGGAGGAUACCAUGCGAUAUGGUCUGAGCAGUUUCUGGGCGAGUGGGAUGCCCUGGGAGCUGAUCAACACAGCGAUCGCGAACAACUUCACCUACAAUGCCUCCUCCGACACCCAAGCGGCUUGGGUCGCCAAGACCGGACGCAGCUGGCAGAACCAGGAUGAUCCUCCGACGAAGACUCUCAAAUGUCCAUACUGCCCUGUUCGUUACGAAGCGCCGUGGACCACGUGCGGCAAGGACGACAGUGGCGGCUCCUACAGAUCCAACGACUUGAUUGGUGAAGGAUAUGGUGAUGGCAAGUUCAGCUUCGUGUGCAUGUCAUGCGGCCAGCACAACUACAAAGAGCUGCUUUCGGUCUCCAAAUUCCUCCACGACACCGCAUUGCUCCUUAAUAAUUCCGUUCCUAUGCCCGGGACGAUUCUGAACCCGCAGCAAGGACGACCUGAGCGAGAUGUCGUCCGUUCAACUGCGGACAAUUUCCCCCGCACAUUUCCCAAUCGCAUGAUUCGCAAAGCACUCCGCAUCAAAAUCAUGGAGCUCAUCCAACCUGGAGGCGGUCAUCCGCACCCGACAAUGGAUACUAUAAAGUUCCUCAUCGAGGAAGUCACCAAGGACAACGGCGCGAUCCGCAGCAUCGACAACGCUCCGGCGCACAGACGAAACUACGGCAUGCAGCGCAACUCGCGGCUGUCCACGCGCAAGAUGAUGAGCCGAUACUGGGAGAACUUUUCGCCUUUUGCCCUCGACCUCUGCGGCGCCGUCAUGCGUCAGGGCAUUUUUGUCGAGAAAAUGGUCAACUUGGAUUGGCUGCACAGUCCGUCGGCCAAAUCAACGAUGCAGCGCCUCAUAAAAAAGUACCAGCGCUUCUUGUUCAUCAUGGCAGGCUAUCCAGGCCAGAUUAUCGUGCCGACCCUCGACGUCGACCUGGCCUGGCACACGCAUCAACUCCACCCUCAAUCCUACUAUCAACACACGGUGCGCAAAAUGCGCAAGUUCAUUGACCACGACGACAAGAUUGAUGAAGGCGAACUCGGUGAGGCGUUUGCCUUUACCACCAAGAAGUAUCAAGAAUUUUACGGCGAAGUCUACAGCGAGUGUACUUGCUGGUACUGUGAGACUGUCCGUUCAUCGCUCGUGUCCUCUAUAAGCUCGCUGCUGAAAACCAAGGAUCACAAGGUUUCCGAGAAAUUCCACAGCUCUGGCGCUGCGAAGCUGUGUCCGCCUGACAACUCGGCGCACGUCUCCGCGCACAACGCCGUGCGCUUUGCUGGCAUAGCCUCUGCCGUAGACCAGGCAAAGCGCGCUCGUCAUGCACAAAAGGUCGAGGAGGAAUACCAAAAAGCACGGAAGCGCGCAGCCAAGAGGGGUCGUGAGCUGCCACCCAAGGAUGAAUACUACAACCACUGGGGCUAUGCAUACUACGCCUACGGGCCAUGGAUGUAUCCCAUCUGGUUCACAGGCGGCAUGUAUUAUGGUGCUGAUCCCUGCUACGUCGGUGCCGGCGCUGCAUGUGCUGCUGGCACUUGCGGCUCAGCGGCCGUCGCGGCCGGCGCCUGCGGAGGGGCAGGAGGUUGUUCCAAUGGUGCUGGGGGCUGUGGCACGGGAGGCUGCUCCAAUGGCGCAUGUGGCGGCGGCGCUGGCGGUUGUGGAGGAGCUGUUGUCGUGCAGCAACAGCGCAUCAUUACGUCUGCUGAACGGAAGCGCGACAGUCUUUACAUCGAUUGA